AUCGGUCCCGGCGCAGCAUCCAGCCUCAGUCCGGACGGUGCGCCUGUGAGAGGAAGCGCGGAGCCGCCGUGUCCCUCCGUCAGCCUCUGUACCGAGCCCUCAGCCUCGCAGGGAGAAGUUCCGCCCUCGGGAGCUCCGUUCACACCGUAAACAAGCGGAGCUGAAGCGUCGGAGGAGAGGCAGCAGAGAUGAACCCGCCGUGUGCCCGCUGUGGCAAGAUCGUGUACCCGACGGAGAAAGUCAGCUGCCUGGACAAGAACUGGCAUAAAGGAUGUUUCCACUGUGAAGUUUGCAAGAUGACGCUGAACAUGAAGAACUACAAAGGCUAUGAUAAGAAACCCUACUGCAACGCACAUUACCCCAAGACGUCGUUCACCAUCGUGGCCGACACUCCAGAGAACCUGAGACUGAGACAGCAGAGCGAGCUGCAGAGCCAGGUGAAGUAUAAGAAGGAUUUUGAGGAGAGCAAAGGUCGAGGGUUCAGCAUGGUGUCCGACACGCCGGAGAUGCAGAGACUCAGACGGACUCAGGAGCAGAUCAGCAACGCGAAGUACCACGAGGACUUUGAGCGGGCGCGUGGCCGAGGCUUCACGCCGGGGUUGGACGACCCCAGCAUGGAGCGCUACCAGAGAGCCAAUCAGAUGAUGGGAGAGGCGGGCUACAACAAAGGCAUGCACCACCAGGUGACGGAGAUGGACAGACGACCAGGAGGCAUCAUCGUAGCUCCUGUCCUCCCGGGAGCGUACCAUCAGGGUAUCCAGAUGCAGCAGCAGCAGCAGUAUCAUGGCUACAUGCAUCAGACCAGCAUGUCAUCCGUCAGAUCGGUCACCUCUCCACCACACUCAGGCACCAUGCGUGUUUACCGGGCGCUGUACGACUACGCGGCUCAAGACCACGAUGAGGUCUCAUUCAGGGACGGAGAUGUCAUCAUCAACGCUCAGCCCAUCGACGAGGGCUGGAUGUACGGCACCGUGCAGAGAACCGGGAAGUCCGGCAUGCUGCCGGCAAACUACGUGGAGUGUUGCAACUAAAGCAGAGGAAGAAGAGAGAGGGGAGGGAGGGAGUGAGACGGGCUGAAAUCCACCCUCAGUGUUAGAAAAGCAAAGGCUGGUGAUGUUCUCUGCAUUUCAGGGCUCAUUUAUAUUUUCAGCAUUAUGAAAACAGGAAACAGAGAUGUAGUGUUUAAGCUGUUCUUUAAUGGGCUGUAAUUAGACCCUGAAGCAUCACAAAGCUGAAGCUUCUUUUAGAAUAAACACACCCGACUAAAAACCAAGAAAUGAGAAAACAGAGAGCCGUUUGUACAGUUAGAGGUGAAGGACCAG